AUGCAUUUAGGAGCCCAACGGACAAGGAGUGGACACGUUUCUCCCACGACAAAAACGAGAACCCUGCUCCUGCUCCUCUCAAUAUGCGCUGCAGUACUAUUUGCAGAAGAAAACUUCGAAGCGCAAGGUGUAGAUAUUAUUCAUCAGCUGGGCCUCACCGGCCGCAGAGAGACGCACUUGUCUGGCACAACGGCGCCGUCUCCCUCGCACCCUCGCCCCUCCCUGGACGUCCUGCCGCCCGGCGUGGGAGUCACCCUCAGCGGGCAUGCCCACAUUGAGGCGCCCGCCCCGGCGGUGCUCCCCGCCGACCUCGAGGAGGAGUUCUCCGUCAUCGUGAGCCUGCGCUGCUGGCGCGCCAACAACGCUUUCCUUUUCAGCGUCCGCGGUGGCGGCCGGGACGACAGGCUGCGCUUCGGCGUCCAGCUGCUGCCCGGCGCCGUGGCCGUGCACGUGGGCGAGGCCGCCGUCGUCCGCUUCCCGUACGCCGCGUCGGACGGCCGCUGGCACACCUUCGCCGUGGGCGUCCGGCCGCGCUCCGUGUCCUUCCACGCGCGCUGCGGCAGCGUCCGGCACAGCGAGGACAUCCCCGCCGCCGCCAACGCCGGCCUGUCGCCGGGGCUGCUGGCCUCCGACGGCCUCUUCGCUCUGGGGAGGCUGGACUCCGCCAGCGCCCAGCUGGAAGGGGCCCUGUGCCAGCUGGACAUCUACCCUUCCGCCCAGGCGGCGGCGCAGUACUGCGACUACGUUAAAAAACAGUGCCGCCUGGCGGACACGUUCCGAUCGCCCCCGCCCACGGAAAGCGGCGCCGGGAGCGGAGCCGGGCCCUUCCAGCCCCCCACCGAGUCCUUCCUGGGGUCUCUCUCUGACCCCUCGCCUGCCCCUCUGGAGCCCCUCUGGCAGGGGAGUACCUCCGGUCCGCUCCCAGCCGCCUCCGCUACCGCCACCACCACCACCGCCGCCGCCACCAGUCAAACCUUGGAAGCCCCAGAUCGGGCGUUUCUAAGCCUGAGCCCUUCUGCGCACCAGCAGUCUGACGUCCACCACGCGGAGAGGACGUUGGGCGUGCAGCGGUUCGGCCCCAGCUCGUCCCCGGGCCCCCUCAGCAGGAUGGUGUCCGAAGCCGCCGCCGCCGCCUCCGCCGCGUCCAGGAGUACCACAGCCAGCACCAGCGGCGGUCGCACCACCACCCGCACCAACACCACCACCACCACCACCACCACAGGCAAGGCCGCCCCGCAGGGCGAGAACGACACGGAGGACGAGCGACUCCGCCAGAGGACCCGUCCCACCGACGCGCCGACCCCCGACCUGAUCUCCCCGGUCAGGCAGAGCCGGCUGAAGGAAGGCCAGAGGAACCGGACCCAGUCCGGGUCACUGCCACCGCCGCAGUCCGACGAUGGGCUGCUGGGUCCCCAGCCGCGUCCGAACGGCACCACCCUCUACCGCGACCCCGGCGCGCACAACCAGGUGGACGACUCGGAGGAGCAUCCGCUGGGGGCUCCCUACGACGUCGGCGACUCCGACGGCUACGGCUACGACUACGGCUACGAGGAGGGAGACUAUCUCUUUGAGUACGACGGCCUCUCUGGUCCGAAAGGAGAACCAGGAUCUCCGGGUGAACCUGGUCCGCCAGGGCUUCCGGGACCCACUGGAAAGAGAGGACCAAGGGGUCCGCCUGGUCCUCAUGGGAACCCUGGCCUGCCUGGUUUACCUGGUCCCAAGGGUGCCAAAGGUGAUCCAGGACUCUCCCCUGGUCAGGCCCCACCGGGGGACCCGGGAGACAGAGGACGCAUGGGCCCACAGGGUGCAAUGGGUUUUCCAGGUCCAACGGGUCCGAAAGGGUAUCCUGGGCCUUCAGGCUUGUCAGGAGAUCCGGGUUUGCCAGGACUACCAGGCGAGACUGGGGCAGCAGGUUACCCUGGCAGGCAGGGGUUGGCUGGACCAGAAGGUAACCCAGGUCCUAAAGGUGUCCGUGGGUUCAUCGGCCCACCUGGUCUUGCAGGUCCAGUAGGUCUGGAAGGAGAAAGAGGAAUUCCAGGCCCUCCUGGGAAAAGGGGUCCAAAUGGAAGGCAGGGUGUUGUCGGUGACGCUGGGGAGAGGGGUCCUCCAGGGCCGGAUGGGAACGAGGGGCCUGUUGGAGGGACUGGGACUGGAGGCUUUCCAGGACUGAGAGGCGACCCUGGGGCUGAAGGACUCCGUGGCCUGCAGGGAAUCUCAGGACCCCAGGGCCCGGCUGGAAGGGUGGGGCCACCUGGAUUGAAAGGUGAUAAGGCGGAACCUGGAUUACGAGGCGAGCCGGGCGAAAACGGUUACCAAGGCGAUAAGGGUGCACAAGGCAUGCCAGGACCUCCGGGGCCGAGGGGAAAACCAGGACCACUCGGGAGACUGGGCGAGAUGGGGCUCCCUGGGCCGCCGGGCCCACCUGGACCAGAGGGCUUUCCUGGAGAUAUCGGCAUGCCAGGCCCCAAUGGACCUCCUGGACCUAAGGGGAUGCUUGGAUCCAGGGGUCCUCAGGGACCGCCGGGGCCAAAAGGAACAGAGGGUGAUGAAGGCCCUUUGGGCCCACCUGGCAAACCUGGGCCCUUAGGAAGACCUGGGCGGAAAGGCUUCAUAGGCGAGCCGGGAGCUGAGGGACCAAAGGGCGAGAUUGGGGACCCUGGAAACAUCGGAAAAACUGGACCUCCAGGCCCAGUCGGCCUAAUUGGAGCGGAAGGGGUGAUCGGAGUCCCUGGUGAAAAGGGUGACCGUGGUCCAGCAGGUCCUUUGGGUCCACCUGGAGAGAAAGGCUCUGUGGGGUAUCCUGGCUUACCGGGAGGUCCAGGUGAUUUUGGUCCGAUAGGCCCGCUGGGUCCACCAGGUCCGAGAGGAACGGCGGGUAUUCGAGGACCAAAGGGCAGAAGGGGCCCCAGAGGUCCAGACGGUCCUAUAGGAGAGCCAGGGCCAGAGGGCAUGAAGGGCGAGCGAGGGGAUCCAGGGAAGAAAGGAGGACUUGGAUUCAUCGGCAAGGCGGGAGGACCGGGGAAGAGAGGGACACCUGGAAGUCCGGGUAAGCAAGGCAUCGUGGGCAACACAGGAGAACGAGGAGCCCAAGGUGAACCUGGCCCCAAAGGACCACCAGGGGAUGCUGGACCUGAUGGAGAACAAGGCCUGGAGGGACCCCCUGGUCCAGAAGGGGAACAAGGUCCUGUUGGAGAACCCGAAGCAAAGGGCGAUAUGGGGCCGCCAGGACAGGAGGGUGAGCAAGGCCAGCUAGGGAUGAGGGGGCCUCUUGGUCCAGUUGGUGAGGAUGGGCCCCAGGGAAAGGAUGGACAUAAGGGAGACCCAGGUGAACCCGGGCCCAUGGGAGAGGUUGGGGAAAGGGUAGAGGAGGGAGACCCCGGACCCCCUGGACCCCCCGGUGAGCCAGGGAAGAGAGGCUUUCCGGGACCAGAGGGAAAACAAGGACUCCAGGGAAACCGCGGACGUCCUGGAAAAAAGGGUGAAAUGGGACCUCCAGGUGCCUUGGGCGAGAUGGGCGACCACGGACUGAUCGGACAACCUGGCGAAGGCGGACCGAAGGGUGCGCGAGGAACGCGAGGCCCUCUGGGUCAGCCAGGGAUGAUGGGACUCAUGGGAGAGCCUGGAAUGGAAGGAUACACAGGCCACUUGGGUAAGCCAGGUCCCGUAGGCCCGCCAGGCCCUAAAGGUGAAAAGGGUUAUCCAGGAGAGGACAGCAAGACUCCAGGAGCGCCAGGGCCCUUAGGUGAACCAGGAUCCCCCGGGGAGCGAGGCGAGCGUGGCGAACCGGGCGACGAUGGCUAUCAGGGUCAUGCUGGCGUUUCGGGACCUCGCGGAGCCCUCGGUCAGCAAGGUCCACCCGGGCCAACUGGAAGCCCCGGAGAGCAAGGACCCAAAGGAGAAAGAGGACCCCAGGGAGCUGAAGGAAAGAAGGGUGCUCGAGGUCUAACAGGAAGUCCAGGUGUUGAGGGCCCCACAGGGUUUCCCGGCCUGAAAGGAACGGAAGGAUACCCAGGAGCAGACGGCCCACCAGGACUACAAGGGUUUGCAGGGUUCCCAGGCAUGGCUGGACACAAGGGUCCACGUGGCAAUCCGGGUCCAGAAGGACGAGCUGGCCUACCAGGGCUGGGGGGCGAACUGGGAUUUCCAGGGUUAAUCGGUGACAAAGGACCACCAGGCCUGAAGGGCGAGACAGGUCUUCCAGGAGAGAGGGGGCCCGCUGGAAUGAAAGGUCUGGAAGGCAGCACUGGAGACCAGGGAAGGGAGGGUGACCCCGGGGCCAAAGGACAACUUGGGGAACCAGGAGACCCAGGUAUGCGUGGCCUCCAGGGAUUCCCCGGCCCGAAGGGACCAGACGGAGACUGGGGCUUCAGAGGCAUAGCUGGUCCAAAAGGCCCGAUCGGUGUUGUGGGAUACACGGGUCCUGUCGGUCCAGCCGGGAUGAUGGGGCCAAUGGGCAUGCCAGGCUUUCGAGGUCCAACAGGAAGCCAUGGGGAAAUGGGGCCCCAGGGGCCACAAGGCAGUCCAGGGCCCAGAGGUCCUCCUGGUUCUCCAGGCCCCACGAAACGUGUGGAUGUUGACACAGCUAUGGAGAUACUGAUGGAGCCCAACGGUCCCUAUCGCAUGGAGAACUUCCAGAACACAGAGAUGGCCCAGGCGGAUCAGAACUCGGAGAUCUUCAAGACGCUGCGCUACCUCAGCAGCGUCAUAGAGAGCAUUAAAAAGCCCAUCGGCACCCGAGAAAACCCGGCCCGCUUCUGCAGGGACCUGCUAGACUGCCAACAAAAGCUAGCCGACGGACCGUUCUGGAUUGACCCAAACUUGGGUUGUACGUCAGAUGCCAUUGAGGUGUUCUGCAACUUCACAGCAGGUGGCCAAACAUGCAUCCACCCAGUUGCACCAAACAAGAUGACAUUUGGCAUUGGGAAAGUCCAGAUGAAGUUCCUUCACCUGUUGAGCACAGAGGCCAUGCAGACCAUAACUGUCCACUGCCUGAAUGACCCACCACGGGGGUCAACAACAGCGUCACAGAGCCAAAAACCACCGUUACAAUUCAGGGGCUGGAAUGGACAGAUUUUCGAGAUGGACUCUUUACUUGAACCUUAUGUGCUCUCGGAUGAGUGUGAGAUUCAAGAUGGCAGCUGGCACGGGUCGCGCUUUCUUUUUCAGACUCAGGACACCUAUCAGCUUCCCAUCGUUAACCUCCAGGGGCUCACAGCUACGCAGCCAGGAGAACUGCGACACAUUGAGGUGGGGCCUAUCUGCUUUCUUUAGGACGGAGUGCUCAAUCGUCCACCCAUUCGCUUCCUCUCCCUGUCAGGUCAACCAAGGCCUGUGAAAAAAAAAAAAAAAAAAAAAAGAAGUAGAACACCUCAGCUUUAUCCAUUCAAAAUGGAUGCCGUCAAGAGGUCACAAGCAGAGUACAGUGCAGCUUCCUCUGAAAAGCCACACCAGUCCCCCUGCGAUGGCCCAACGAAGUAACAGCGUCUAUCUGUAGGACUAUAUUGACUAAUUCUGAAGAACUCAACAGAACUCAAUGGAUUUGUGUCCUUAAAAGGGAGCACAGGACGAGGGUCAUUUGCCAACACGUUAUCAAGAAUAUUGUAUUCUCUGUUUGUUUGUUUGUUUGUUGGUUGUUGUUUUUUUGUUUUUGUAAUUUGUUUGUUGUUUUUGUCCAAGUAGUGGUGCUAGGGUAUGGUGUGUCCAGACCAAGAGUGACUGCUGUACCCAGAGCAAGGUUGCUACCUUUCCCUACCUGAAUCCCCAGAAGGCCCGAAACCCACCUCCUUUCCCAUGUUUUCCCCACCCUUUCUUCCCUGUCUCUAGUCAACCAGGCCCAUUUGCCGAUGGAGGAAUACAGACUCCACCAGUGGAGCACUGUCUACAUAUAACUUCCUAAGAGUGCAAUAGCUUGUGCAUUAUUUGCGGGAAUAAAAUAAUUGCAUUUUUCAAUCAAGUCUUUUUUUUUUAUUAUUAUUUGUAAAUUUAAAUCCGUUGUCCACCCUGGACUCGUACAUCGUAUCAGAUGGUGCUCUACCUCCUGUAUGUUUUGCCUUCAAGUGUAGGUGCUUGUGUCAAGAUUUUAUUCAAAGUUGUAUGUACUGGCUACAUCAAGAUAUGUUCUGUUGUACAAGUACUUAUUUGGAUUUGGUCAUUUCUUUCGUACUAAACUUAAUUUAUAUGAACAUUGUGUUAAUAAAUUAUGUCACAUUGGCUUUUCCAUGGUGCUGCAAUAGACACAAAUAGUUAAUCAGUGAGUUAGACAUUUUUCCUGUGUAUAUUUUGACAUUAUAUGGUUAAUUAUUUAUAUUAAGUUUUGUUUUGUUUUGUUUUUUUUCUCUCUCUCUCUCUCUCUCUCUCUCUCUCUCUCUCUCUCUCUCU